CUACCGCGGCAACUCAGCAUCCACACGAAGUCUGAAGCUUAUUUCGGAGCUUACUAUUACAAUUGGUCGUUCUUUCGUUGACAUUUGUUUUUGUUCACAACUAUUUAAACUCUUGCGAUAAGUUUCAGUGUAACUUUUAUCGUUCACAAUGGCAACAAAGGUAAACAUGGAGGAAACAAAGACAUCCAACGGCGACGCGCACCUUGACGAAACGGUGGGAAACGGACUGACCAGCUACAUGAAGAGCAGCCCGGAGCCGCUCUCCAAGCGGGUGGUGAGAAUCGUGUUGGCAAACUUGCUGGUUAUUCUCACCGUUGCCGGAGUCAUCGUCGGUGUCUUUAUUGGACUUGGUGUGCGCAAUGUGGCUCUGACGAGAACACAGAUCAUUUACAUCGGUUUUCCAGGUGAGCUGCUCAUCCGGCUUUUGAAGAUGAUCAUCAUCCCCCUGGUUGUCUGCAGUCUGGUGUCCGGGGCAGCGAGCAUCGACCCCAAAGCCUUGGGUAAACUUGGCGGCUGGGCAAUGCUCUUCUUUUUGGUUACCACAUUGAUAGCAUCUUCUAUCGGGGUUGUGAUGGCUUUCAUCAUUACGCCUGGAUCAGUGUCCGUCAGCAAACCUACAAACCUGGGUGAAAGUGUGCCAGCCCAUAAAGAAGUUAUAGACUCCUUCUUAGAUUUGAUAAGAAACCUCUUUCCCUCCAACCUGGUGUCCGCUGCCUUUCAGUCUUAUGCAACUUCUUACAAGCUGGUUACAAAGAACGGGACAGACGGCAACCUCAGCAUCACAGCGGAGAAGGUGCCUUUUGGAACAGACCAGGAUGGCAUGAAUAUUCUCGGUCUGGUAGUGUUUGCAAUCGUGUUUGGUGUGGCCUUGAGGAAGCUGGGCGAGGAAGGAGAGAUCCUGAUUAAGUUCUUUAACUCUUUUAAUGAGGCCACCAUGGUGCUGGUCUCUUGGAUCAUGUGGUAUGCCCCUCUUGGUAUCAUGUUCCUUGUUGCUGGCAAGAUUGUGGAGAUGGAAGAUGUUGGCAAACUAUUUGCCAGUCUGGGAAAAUAUAUAGCCUGCUGCAUGGUUGGACAUGCCAUCCAUGGUUUUCUUGUGCUGCCGGGAAUCUACUUUAUCAUUACAAGAAAGAACCCCUACACCUUCCUCUGGGGGAUAUUCACAGCUCUGGCAACAGCCUUUGGAACAAGCUCCAGCUCUGCUACUCUGCCCCUCAUGAUGAAGUGUGUGGAGGAAAAUAAUGGCGUGUCCAAGCAUAUCAGCCGUUUCAUCCUUCCCAUCGGGGCAACGGUGAACAUGGACGGAGCGGCUCUAUUUCAGUGUGUAGCUGCAGUUUUUAUUGCUCAGCUGAAUAACACAUCCCUCAACUUCAUCCAAGUCAUCACAAUCCUAGUGACAGCUACAGCAUCCAGUGUUGGGGCAGCAGGUAUUCCUGCAGGUGGUGUGUUGACCCUAGCUAUUAUCCUGGAAGCGAUAGGACUUCCCACCACUGACAUCUCUCUUAUCCUGGCUGUUGACUGGCUUGUCGACCGUACCUGCACAGUGCUGAAUGUGGAGGGUGAUGCAUUUGGUGCCGGGAUCUUGCAGCACUUUGUGGACCGCGCAUCCAGACAAGAAGGAGCAGAGAUGAGCGAGAUCAGGGUGGAGGGAGAAAUGUCAGCUGCCACACCUGAACAUUCGCCUCUCAUUGAAAAAAGAGGUGAGGUGGACAUUGCAGAAGGUGGCAAGAUGAUGCUUUCCAGUGAAAAAGAGUCAGCAAUGUAAUCCUGCUGGUGAUAUGAUGAACUCCUUUGACCUACACUCCUGGAAGAAGAACCUGAAGUUCAAGCCCUGGUUGCCUUCAUUUUUCCUGCCCCGAAGAUGAAGGUGUAAGGAGAGAGGAUGGAUAUGCACACUACAAAGCAAAGAAACACUCUCUUACCUUACCUUACCUCUUACAGGGGGUGGGGCAGCCAUAUUGUAAGACUAAUUUCUAUGUUGGCUUAGUCUAAUGAUAAAUUUCACUGGUUUAUGUCAACUUUGAAGAAUGUUGUCACAAACCAGUGAAGCGUUGGAUGUUUUCUUAAAUCACCACACAGCUAGUUCUCCCCAGAAGCCAGGCCAGUUACUUUAACACAUGAAGAAAUGCUACAUUUAUUUAUGGUGGAGAUACUGAAGGUGUAAAAAUGCAUUGCUAUUGCUAAUGCAUUGUCCCUGCUAAUGACUUUAAAAUGGUCUCCACACCAUGUAGAUUGCUGCAGUCCACAUAAGAAAUUGAGUUAAUUUGUAUUUGUCACUUUACAAAAUUAGUUACCACAAAUGUUCAGCUAUGUUAGAUUUCCACCUUGUUGAAGUUGAGCAAUACAAAACAUGCAAUAAUAUGAAUAUAUUCUUCCAAAUGACUCAUUCAUGUUUUAGGAAUAAAUAUAAGUGCAUUUUAUUCUCUAUAAUUAUAGCCACGUUCAUGCAGGUUUCAUGCAGAGCUGUAGUAUUUUAUAUCAUGUACAUAUAAUUUGUUUUUCCCCUAAACCAUGCAUCAGAUUAUUUUAGAUGCUGUAUUCUUUCUGCGCCAUCUUUGCGUUUGUAAGUUCCAAUUCCUUUGUUAUUAAGAGAGAAUUUAUUCCUUUUUAGUAAUUUCAAAAUGUGGCCAAUGAUUUUUAGUUUGUCUUUUUCUAUUAAAUCUCUGUGCAAUAACUAAUAGUUUAGGCUGCUCUUGAGGCCAAGGUCUAGCUUAUAGAGAAGGAAUAGCUAAAUAUUUAAUGACAAUUUACAUUUUUUAAAUUGAGAUAAGCUUUUUCGACACAGCAAACGCAACCGGUGAAAUAUCCCAUACUGUUAGGAGAUACACAAGCUGUCCAAAACCAACUUAAUAUCAUCUGAGAUGUCUGCUUCACACUGUGAUUAGGCUUUGUGUUGUCACAGCAGUGGCCCCAAAAGUUGACCUAGUGAGCAAAGCUUUGCUGCUGUUUUACACAAGUUUAUUUGUUCAUGUGGAGACGGCAGCAUCACUCCCUGCUCAGUAAGAGCAGUGUGUGUGUGUGUGUGUGUGCGCGCAGUGUCAUGUGAUUCAUUGUUUAUUUUCUUUAUCUUUAAAAGUUAAACUGUUACUGGUACAAGGUGUUAUGAAAGUGACAAAGAAAUAGGAAAGGACUUCUUUAAAGUCCAGGCAUUUUUAGGGUUUUAAAAUGAAAAAUGCACUUUUUUUGGGUUGAUUUAGGAUUUGACCUAUGCAUAAGAACCAAAGGUAAAAUGUUCCCUCUGUAUUUAUCUAUACUAUAUAGAACUGCACAGCUUACUAUUCGUUUGCAUUGCAUGGUAUCGUGUUGCAUUGGUAGUUACUUUUAUAUGCAUGUUUAGUGUGUGCAGACUGUACACUGAGGCCUAUCCUACUGGCCUCAGUGAUAUAGAUGCACAUCUCUGUCACUGCUAGGAUAUAAUUAACUGUAUGCCUUACACCUGCAUGAAAAUGGCCAUGAUAAUAUUGAGAAAAAUGCACAAAUAUGAGCUUUUUGGGAGAGAAGGGAUUACUGAAUCCUUUUUUUUAAAUCUCUUUAAUUUGUGGGUAACUUAAGCCAUUGGUUCUUUUUGUCUUUUCCAUCUUGCAGAAGAGUAAUGGAGUGAUUGUUUUUUGAAACAGAUGAAAUAAUAGCCUCACUAUCGUCCCAAAGUUGAACGAAGGAGCAUAGACGCACACACAGCAAAUUCAGCCUCUUCAGCUACACCCGAAGACUGUAGUAUUAAACCUCAGGAAUGACUUUUCUGUGAAAGGCGUUCUACCGCUGCUCCUUAAAUACUUUGAAACCAAACAUCACACAAACUCAGCUAGUAGGAAGGAGACAAUGAACUCCUGAUAAUGUUAAAUUCUUCUUUUUUUUAUUUAAUAUAUAUAUAGACCCUGUUUUACACAUGCUAUAUCUUCUCUGCUUCUGAAACCACAAAUAUAUAUGUUUUAAGCACAAUGUGAUGCGGACUGUUUGAUAUUGCAUACCUGUGCUGUAUGUGUCAUUCAUUCAUUAUCUGCACCGCUUCGUCCAUUAAGGGUUGCAGGGCAGCUGGAGCCUAACCCAGCAUUUAACAGGUGAGAGGCAGGGGACCAGUCCAUCGCAGUGUAUGUGUCAUAUAAGUAAGAAAUUAAAUUUCACUAACUUCAUAACCACAGCAGUUAAAUGAUGAUUAGUUUAUACUUGAUGGACUUGUGCGAGACAGCUCGACUAAUAAUUUUGCUGCUUUGUUUUAGCUGUACAUAGAAAUCAAAUAAUUCUUGUGUGGAUUCCCUUUCACUCAGAUGUUAGUUUGUUUCUAUCAAUAUUUAUUUGUAAUCAAAGUCCAAAGAUUUUUUUUUUACUUUUUUGUGACACUACUCACAUGAAGUUGGCAUUUUGUCCUCGCACAACAACUUGGCCGUGUUAGCAAGCAGCAGUGAGAUGAGUGAAUUUUCUUAUUUUAAUCCAUAUCUUCAAUGCUCAAAGUGGAAGUAAAUGCAGCAUCAUCUUUUUAUGAAGACAAUCUUAAAGAUGUUCAUUGCAGGCAUGAAGUCUCAUAAUUUCUCGUGUAGUCUUAUGUGUCAUAGGAAAGUGCUAAAACAUUAAGCAUUGCCUCUCAACAGGUGCUGCACUUCCUUUUUUUUGGUGCAAGGUUGUAAAAAUGUUAUCAUUCCUUUCUGAAAUCUCAUGAAAUGAAAAUGGUUCAAUCAUAUUGGACGUUUGUACAUGAUAGUUGGAUUGACUAUUUUAAACAUAAAAAAUGUUGCUGGUUAUCAUCUAAUUGUGGUGUUAGUAGGUUUUAAGAAAAUAAAGCUGGUUUUUUUUAUUA